UUGGAGCAGACACUGUUCCUGGACUGCAACAGCAGUUUGAUGACUUUGAAUUACCAUUUGAUGGGUUACAAACUAAAUAUGCUAGACAGAAAUAUAUAAAACAGAAUUACUUUUAUGUGGCACCUGAAGAAGUUGUACUGGGUGAACAACUGAAGUAUGUUUUACGAAACAAAAAAAGAGUUUUGGACGUAAAGGAGGAUAAAUUUUGGUAUAUACCAAUAUGUAAAAGUAUUGAGCAACUGUUGCAAAAUAAGGACAUAUACAGAUUAGUAUUUGAUAAAAGAACACAUCAGUUUGAUAAUAACUUUUAUUGUGAUGUAUCUGAUGGUUCAAUUUUCCGUGAACAUGCAUUGUUUAGUGUUCAUCCAAAUGCUUUUCAAAUUUUGUUAUAUUUUGAUGACAUUGAAAUCUGCAACCCACUAGGAAAAAAAGCAGGAGUUCAUAAAUUGGGAGUCUUUUAUUACAGCUUGCUCAAUUUACCCUUGGAAUAUCGUUCAAAAACGCCAUCAAUACGCUUAGUUGCAAUAAUUAAAAGAAAAAACAUAAAAACUUAUGGAAUGCAUACUGUAUUGCAACGAAUAAAUGAUGACUUGGUAGCUUUUGAGAGUGGUGUCCUAAUGAACUUUAAUGAACAGCAGACUCUUGUAAAAGGUGCAUUGAUCGGUUUUUGUGGAGAUACCCUUGCUGCCCAUGAAUUUGCAGGCUUUAAAGAAGGAGUUGGAUUUGCCUAUCAGAAAUGUAGACAUUGUGAAUGUACAUUUGAUGUUAUGCAGGCUCACUUUGCAGAGAAAAACUUUAUCCUACGAUCUUUACCAAGGUAUGAUCAGCAAGUAGAAGAAAUGUUAAAUGCUCAAACUAUUGGAAUGAGAAAACGAUUAUCAUCAGCCUAUGGCAUUACAAGAAGGAGUACUGCACGUGACUUUCCUCAUUUUAAUUUGAUCACUAUGAUUCCGGAGGACAUCAUGCACAUUCUUUUUGAAGGAGUCGUAAUCUAUGAAACAAAACUUGUACUUGCUAAAUUGUUUGAUGAUGGCCUUUGCACAAUUAAACAGUUGAAUUAUGUAAUUGAAAACUUUCCUUAUGGAUAUAAACAUAAAGAAUGUAAACCAAAUUGCAUACCAGAAAAACUGUUUGAUGAUGAUGAUACUAUGACCUUGAAACAGUCAUCAUCAAGUAUGAUUGUAUUCUUUCGUUUGUUACCAAUAUUUUUGGUCAAGCAAUUAAAUGUUGAUAGUUGUAAUGAAUAUGUACAUUUGUUGACAGAACUUUGUGAAAUAGUUCAAAUAAUUAUGGCACCUGUUAUAAGUGUGGAGACAAUUCAGAUGUUGAAAGUUCUUAUUCCGAGUCACCUUAGACAAUUCAAACAUUUGUUUCCAGACCAAAAUAUUAUGCCAAAGCAGCAUUAUAUGGGACAUCUGCCAUACAUUAUUGAAAAAUAUGGUCCGCUUGUACGUGUAUGGUGUAUGCGUUUUGAAAGCAAGCACCAGUUUUUGAAGGAAAGCGCAGGAAAUUCCAGAAACUUCCAAAAUCUUGAAAAGUCUUUAUCAGAGCGUUCAGCCAUGUAUGAAUGUGCUCUUAAUCUAAGUGAUAGUUACCAUCCAAUUUUUCAAAAUGAAUUAAACAUUGGAAGAUCUCUACCAUCCGAUUUAAGAGAAGGAAAAAACACACUUAAUGCAUUUUUUGGAAUUGAAAUAAACAGUAUUAAACACUUACAUUAUGUUUCAUGGAUUGUUAUAAAUGGUCAAAAAUUUAUUUCCAAGAAAUGUGUUGUUGCAUUUGGUAAAAGUGAUGGUCUACCCGAGUUUGGACAAUUAUUUUCUAGCACUUGUUCGAUACCGCUACUGGUAGACUGCUAG